UUCAUUUAUUUUUCUUUCUGUUGUUUCCUUUGAUGCUAUUAUGAAUGUAAUACAUAAUAUUUAAACACACUGUGAUCCUAUGUAUGUAUAUUGUUAUUGCUCUUGCUAUGCAAGAUAUAUAAAUAAAUUCAAAUUAAAAAGUCUUCUACAGCCUCUGCAGUUUUGUUUGGGAUGCAGCACUUAAGCGAUUACCUGCGCGUGCUCUGCUUUACGCAUGCGCAGAUUUAUGCUAACGUCGACGCGAGUGACGUCACCGCGCCGCUCCCUGAGGAGCGAAACAAACAUGGCGACAGAAUGGAGCGGACAGGGCUACCUGCUAACUUUAGUCGUAGUCCUUUGGAGCGCUGUGGGCGGUCGAACGGAGACGACGAGCGUGGGCUGGAGCCAGAUACUUGGUAUGAGACUGUUGAGGAGCAAUAAACCAGCCACCAUCACCGACGACGGUGUCAUUCAGGUGACGGAAGAGAGCAGCGUCCAGCUCAGGAUUUACGGGCUGCAGCUCAAUUCAGACUCCGCGUCUCAGAUCCGGUUCGCGGAGCUCAGCGAAGACGAGGAUGACAGAGACUCGGUAAACAGGACUUGUGUCGAUUUUACCAAAGAUAUCAGCGUCGGAAGUUACAUGAAUGUUAGCAGUCGCGGGACAUCAGGUGUUGUGAGUCUAAACGUUAAGCCGCUCCGGAAAACUGAGCGCGAGCGUGAAUACAUCACGUGCAUCAGGAACCAGGAAGACAAGUGGCACCCGCUGUCAGAUAACGACGGUAGGCUGCGAGUUGUGGAGGAGAAAACUUCUCUGCUCCCUCUGUGGCUGCAAAUCAUCCUGGUGUCAUGCCUGCUGGUCCUGUCCGGUAUGUUCAGUGGACUCAAUCUGGGGCUCAUGGCAUUAGAUCCGAUGGAGCUUCGCAUAGUGCAGAGUUGUGGCACUGAUAAAGAAAAGAGUCAUGCACGUAAAAUCGAGCCCAUUCGUAGGAAGGGAAAUUACUUGCUUUGCUCCUUAUUGCUUGGUAAUGUGUUUGUAAAUACCACACUUACAAUUCUGCUGGACGACCUUAUUGGAUCAGGCUUUGGCGCAGUAGUGGCUUCCACUGUGGGCAUUGUGAUUGUUGGGGAGAUUGUGCCACAGGCACUUUGUUCUCGCCAUGGUUUGGCAGUUGGAGCUAACACCAUCCUGCUGACCAAGUUCUUCAUGCUCCUCACCUUCCCGCUGUCAUUUCCCGUCAGCAAGCUCCUGGACUGCAUUCUGGGCCAAGAAAUUGGUACAGUUUACAACCGUGAGAAGUUGGUGGAGAUGCUCAGGGUGACUGAACCGUACAACGGCUUGGUCAAGGAGGAGCUCAAUAUGAUUCAGGGUGCAUUGGAGCUUAGGACCAAAACAGUGGAGGUUGUCAUGACACCUCUGAGCGACUGCUUCAUGAUCAAAUCUGAUGCUGUGCUGGACUUCAACACCAUGUCUGAGAUCAUGGAGAGCGGCUACACACGCAUUCCUGUCUACGAAGAGGAACGCUCCAACAUCGUUGACGUUCUGUAUGUUAAGGACUUGGCUUUUGUCGAUCCAGAUGACUGCACGACACUUAAAACGGUCACCAAGUUUUAUAACCACCCGGUUCACUUUGUCUUCCAUGACACCAAACUGGAUGCCAUGUUAGAGGAGUUCAAAAAAGGCAAAUCUCACCUGGCAAUAGUGCAGCGUGUGAACAAUGAGGGAGACGGAGACCCUUUCUACGAGGUGCUGGGUCUGGUGACACUGGAAGACGUUAUCGAAGAGAUUAUCAAGUCAGAGAUCCUGGAUGAAUCUGAUCUCUACACUGACAACCGAAACAGAAAGAAAGUGGACCCAAAUAAAAACAAGAGGGACUUUUCAGCCUUCAUACAUGAAAGUGAAUCCAAGGUGAAGAUCUCUCCCCAGCUGCUCUUAGCUGCCCAUCGCUUCCUAGCUACUGAGGUGAGCCUUUUCAAUCCUCUACAGAUCUCGGACAAGAUUUUGCUGCGAAUCCUUAAGCAUCCCGACGUCAUACAGGAUCUGCGGUUCAAUGAAAAUGACAAGCGCUCACAGCAACACUACUUGUAUCAGCGUGGCAAGCCAGUUGACUAUUUUAUUCUCAUCUUGCAGGGUCGGGUGGAAGUGGAGGCAGGCAAUGAGAACAUGAAGUUUGAGACUGGUCCCUUCUCUUAUUAUGGAGUCAUGGCGUUAACUACGUCAUCCUUGGCUGUCACCCCCCCACUGUCCCCCUCCGUGGUGCUGCCUCGACCACGGCGCCUUUCUCUUAAGAGGUUUUCUCUGUUCUCUCGCUUCCCAGAGUUUCGUUCUCCUUCACACCUCAGCGGGCUGAAUCGCUCAGCUUCUGUGAGCUGCACGGAGAGGGUGGAUGCACUGUCCACGAGUGGCAGCACCUCGCAGCUCAACAGUGCCUCCACGCCCCAAUACAUCCCAGACUUCAACGUGCGUGCCCUCACCGACCUACAGUUUGUUAAGGUCACUCGUGCUCAGUACCAAAACGGUCUUUUGGCCUCCAAACUAGACAGCACACCACAAUCCCCGCAGAGCAAUCACAUUAGAUUGGACAGCAUGCUUGCACCACCCCUGACUCCACCCACUUCUUCCACGACCUACAGCACAGCACCGGGGUCGCUCCAAGAGGGACCAAACGAGACCACGACACUGCUGAAUGACAAAAACAGCCUGAAUAUUCACCGGGCUACCCAAACACAGUCCUACUCUAACUCCAAUUCCAACUCAAACCUCAACACCAGUGCUAAUACUAACUCCAGUCCUCACCCUCUAUCCAACAACCACCCUCAGUCACAGAGUUACCCCAACAACCCAAGCACUCAGACACCUCAUUUGCACAUUCACACCAUCAGCCACGCACACACAGAGAGCACAAUCUGACAAAACACAUGGGGAGCCGUGGUUGGCGCGAGGCUCCAGAGAGGUCCAUACUGAUCCAUAAACACGCGCAUACACACCAACAAAUCAAAAUGUGUACAUGGCCAUUUACAAUCUAUAUGCAAUCAAACACAGAAGCACUUACACACAUGAACUUUGGAGCAAGCCUUGUCUUUUCUUCCAACCCUUCCUGCAUGGCAGCUUAUGUCCAGUUUGAUGGGAUUUCAGUGGAACCUAGAUGUCUACAGAAAGAGACUUUAGCUUUUUGUUCCUACAAAGCGGCUGUAGAUUGAGAAACCCCAAGUUCGUUAAUAGGUCAUAAGGACCUUUUUUUUUUUUUUUGCAUGUCGAUCAUAUACGCGCACUGACUUCAAUAGUUUGGAUAAGUCUUUCUGUUGCAUGCAAUGGCCUAAAAAUGUCAACACACGUAUUCAUUUUCGAAGGACAUGACAUUAUACAAGAAAUUAUAGCAAGAUGUGCACUUUUUGUAACCCUUACGAAUCCACACCAAAACAUUCAUGUCUGUUUUUUCCUGUUUUGAGGUUUUAGAUCAUUUGCUGAUACAAAAGGAACCCCUGGUGAACCCUGUACAGCAUAAGCGUGAAUUUCCACUGCUUUACAUGGUUUAUCAGUUUGUCAUCAGUUUAUCAUGUGUACACUGCACACCGUGUGUUCUCAAGGUAGAUAAUAUCACACUUGUCACGCUACAGUUUGGACUUAUAUAUGUCAACCAUAGUUAUACAAAUCAUUACAAAUAUUCUAUAUAUAUAUAUAUCUCAAUACUAUAUUUGAUAUUUAUUACAGUAAAUACCUUUCAACCCUGAAGCCUAGUUCCUGUUAGAAUGGAAUAUGUGGAAUGUGUAAAUUAUUAAAUAUUUAUUUGUGCCUAAAUUAAUGUGUAUAUAGGAUUCUCGAAUUUUGAUCCGGAAUUAAUGUUUUAUGUUUAGAUUUGAUCAGUUUGGCAGGGCACAACUGUAUUUAUUUCUUUUUAUUUUUCAUUUAAUAGGCUAAACCUGGUCAAAACUGUCCAGUACCAAAGCACAGAUCUUUUCCUUAUGGAAGUCAUUGUCAAUAGCAAACUUGUUUAGAGUGAGGAGUCAAAAUUAGGAAUACAUUCCAUUGUAUGAAAUCAGCUGUAGCUGAUGUAGCUGUAGACACAAUCCACUGUGACUCAAAACCAAACUGUAAAUUCUGUGUUUUUCUCCACUCAUAUGCCAGACUAAAAGCUAGCUUAAAAUACGGGAAAUGUUUAGCUAGUCCUGAAGAACUAGAUGUUAUAUUUAUGUAGCACAUUCAUUAGGACCAGUGACGUGUUUGAUUGAACAGGUUAUAAACCGCCGUGUGAACGCUGAAUCCGGAUUAUUGCUUCCUAAUACAGCUCUAGCGAAGAGGAAAAACCUCCAGUUUUCAACAGCAGUACCGAGUGUUCGGUUGGAAUGACGGAGAGAAUCUUUGAUUCCUUGUGUGGAGUAUUCACCAUAGAGCAUAGUAACAGUUUUGUCAUUAAUGUUCAAGUUCCUCAGUUCAAACGCUGUUGUUACAUCAAGUUGAAAUCUGUUGAAUCAGGAGGAAGGAUGUUACUCAGUCAAAUCAACAACGACCUAAUAUGUUUGUCUGUAGAAAAAGAGUUUUUUAAGAGUUUGUUAUUUAUGAGUGUUUUGAUGCCUUUAUGAGAUGUCUAAAUAGCAAUAUACAGAUAGAUGAAUGCAAAGUUUCAUUAUAAGUAAAUUGCAAAUUAUAUUGUACCUCCAUUGAUAUUGUGUGUUGGUUGAUUUUUUUUGUUUGUUUGUUUUUUAAUUUAAACCAAAAAGUGUAAUUAAAUGUGCAUAGUUAAAGUGGCAAAAUGGAUUUGGUUAUGACCAUACAUUAUUAUUUAAUAUGACCAAAGGUACACAUAUAAAUUAAUAUGGAAAGACAUUGGCCAAAGCUAUUUGCACUUUGAUCUGAUUCUAUCUCCUUUGUUAGUGUAACAUAUUGCCCUUUUUUUUUUUGGGCCUUGGGUUGUGGAAUGAGACACUCCUGCAUCGCAAAAGUAAUUAAAUUCCUUUGGGCUAGAGGUCCAGUAGGUAAUCUGCUUUUAAUGUUCAUUGGAACUUUGUCAGUGACCCUGGUGAGGGGCAUUUUCAUUCACAAGUGAGCUGCAGCUAUAUUUUAUUUCUUCGAAGCGUGACCAUUCUCGCUCAGUUUGACCAUUUGCUAACACUGAAGGUUAAAGAUUAUUAUGAUUGUGUGUAUGCAGGUAUGCUGCGGGCUUAUUUUCCAUUUGCAUGGUUUACUCAUCUGUGUUUGUGGCCAUGCAUCUUGUGUGUUGAUGCAUGAAACAGUGAAGAAUCCUGCAAACUAGCAAAGCUCCUCUGUCUGCUCAGGCAUCACCGAAGUAUUUGCAGGAAGCACGGUUAUCUUCCAUGUGCUUGCUAUGUUUUUUUUUGUUUUUGUUUUUUCUUUAACAAAACACGUAUAGUAUUUUUCACGUAUAGACCUCCUCUAUGUUUUUGCAGAGCGAUGCAUUUUGAGUGACUAUACAAAACACUGAGUUUGAUCAUUAAUGUCUGUCUGUGUUUAUUUUAAGGGAAGAGUGUAACGAGCAAAUGUACUGUACUUCCACUAAUGUUUGAUUGUUCUCCUUAAAGCAAUGUGUACAUAGCAUUUCAUAAGGACUGCUAGGAUGUUCUGAUGAACAUGACAAUAAAUCUGAGACAUCUAUUUCUCUA